UGUUGAGUUUCUGUGUAUUUUGCGGCGUUAAUAUAAAUAUUCUAGUGCAUUUCAAACCAGAUUGGAAGAAAGUGUCUACAGGUAGUCACACUCCGCAUUUACUUACCUAAAACCACCGUUAAAUGUGUGAAAAUGGCCUUGAAUCCUGAGACAAUUGAGGAAGACUCCUUUAUUAUCCUGGGUACUUCCCCGGGCACUAGUUUGGACAUAAAGUGCAACGGCAACGGCGUAGUGAGCGAUGGGCCUCUGAACAAGUCUCAGAUCGAGGAUGCCAUGAAGGACCUGUCUACUGAGGCCAGCAUGGCAUUUAAGGCCACAUUCAAGCUCGGUGAUUGUCCAUCACCAGCGUCCCUAAUGGUGGCCAGCACCAUAAUCUCCGAAGACAAGAGCACCGAAGAACUCCAGAAGCGCUUCGGAGAGAUUCUCGACGAGAAUGUGCUUCUCAAAGAGACAUUGAAGCAGAAUAAUGAUUCUAUGAAAGAGCAGUUCUGUCUGAUAGCAUCGUGUCAGGAGGACAUGAUGAAGACUCAUUCGCUGCAUAAGGAGAAGUUUGAUGAGACUAGGGAACUGGUGGAAAAGCUACGCCAAGAAAACAAGAAACUGAAGCAAGAGAUAGCUCAGCUGAAAGAGACGAAAGUGAACACUGAGACCGGAGAGGAAGACAAAGUGAAAUCGGGCCCCCCGUCCGCCGUCGAGUUCGUGACGUGCCCCGAUGACGACACCAUUAAUAAGCUGACAGCGCAGUUGGAGCUGGUCGAGAAACAACGACGUCAGGUAAUAGUUGACAACGAGAAACUUACCUGGCAGAAAGAAUCUCUGGAACAUAUUGUGGACGCCACGUCCAAAGAACGAGACGACCUUAAGGAAAAACUUAAAGAUGUCGAGUUGCAACUUUCCGGCAAAGACAGUGACUAUGCAGCAGAGAUGCACAUGUUAAAGUGCACCAUACAAGACCUCCAGGGCCGACUGCAGUCUUCCAGCAGCAUUACGAGCCAGUCUUCUGAGGAGAUCAAAAGGCGCGACUCUUUGAUUCUGCAGUUGGAAACCAAGUUGUCUGCCCUCCAGAGCGAAUACAAAGCUUCCCAGUUGAAGGUCCUCGAACUGGAGAACGUUAAGAUGGAAUUUUCGAAACACAAAUCCGGAAUGGCCGAGAUAGUGAAAAUAUACAAGGACCAAAUACAAGAUCUCCACAACAGGCUUAAGGAUGCACAGAUCACGCUGUUCCAGCCAGUCCGUCUGUCCAUCAGUCCGGACUCUGAGAGCCCCGGCGAGUUCAGUAGCUACCUCGCCAAUGUCAAACUGUAUGACAGGACACUGAAGCAUUUAGCCGAGCUGCUAAACGGCUUAGUUCAUGGUGCAUCGGACAGCCUAGUACAAACGAUAGGCGUUGUAGCGAGCCUCCACGAUUUGAAGCUUGAGCGAGCGAGCGCCGACCAGGUCCGCGCCGGGUUGGGUGAAGUCAGGCAACAGUUGGACAAGCAGUAUAGCAACGCGCUCAACAACAUUGGCCAAGUACGUAGCACUCUGACAAUAUUUGAAGGCAUCUUCAAAGACUACAACGAGUUGCUGAAGAAAUCGGUCACAAUGCAAAAUAAACCUUCAAACGGUCCUAAUGUAGAGGCGCUGACCACAGCGCUGCUCGCUAGAGGGCAGGAGGUAUCGGCUCUUACCCUAGAGCUGAAUACAUUGCAACAGCAAAAAGAAGAGGUUGAUGUACUGAAAGCGCAGUUGGAACUGUACAAGAGUGACUUCGAAGCAGAGCGCACGGCGCGUGAGAUGAUGGCCGUGGAGAAGGAACACAUCCUCACGGAUCUGCGCACCAGCCAGCGCCGCAACCAGGAGCUCAUGCAGAAACUAGAACAGAACCCGGCCGUUUCCAGCAACAGCAUGAGCCCUCAAAACCGACCUCAUACACGCGCCACCGGAUCUCGACCGACCACUGUCAUCCGAACUGCGACCCCCAGCUCACCAUCAUCCAUUUCUACGCAGGGCAACACUACCGGCAAUAUGGUCCGGAAAAAAAAGAAGUUAUCCAACGAGCCACCAGCACCAGAGGAGCCUAAACAAGUGACUCCGCCGCCGCUGCGUUUCGACUGCCCGGUGUGCGACCAGCCUUUCAAGACGCUCGUUUUGUUACAGCAACAUGUUGAACACUGCCUGUUGUAGGGUUUAUAGUGCG